AUGGCUUCCACUGCAAUAUAUUUACACUUCCUGUUGUUCAUUUUAACAUUUUGUUCAUUCAUUCAUCAACUAAGCUUUUCUUUCAGUUCACAAGAGUAUCAUGAAGCUCUUGAAAAAUCUAUUCUAUUCUUUGAAGGACAACGUUCUGGAAGAUUACCAUCCAACCAGAGAGUAACAUGGAGGGGACAUUCUGGUUUAUCAGAUGGCUCUUCUUAUCAUGUGGACUUAGUUGGCGGUUAUUAUGAUGCUGGCGACAAUGUGAAGUUUGGGUUUCCAAUGGCUUUUACAACAACAUUACUAGCAUGGAGUGUCAUUGAAUUUGGAAGCUCAAUGCAUGACCAGAUUGACAAUGCUAGAGAAGCUAUCCGGUGGAGCACGGAUUAUCUUCUUAAGGCCGCCACCACAACGCCAGACACAUUAUAUGUCCAAGUUGGGGAGCCUAGCAUGGAACAUGGGUGUUGGGAAAGGCCAGAGGAUAUGGACACUCCACGGAAUGUGUAUAAGGUAUCACCUCAAAACCCGGGUUCUGAUGUCGCGGCCGAGACUGCAGCUGCACUGGCAGCUUCUUCAUUAGUAUUCAAAGAUUCAGAUCCAGCCUAUUCCUCCAAAUUGCUUAUAGCAGCCAUCAAUGUAUUCCAUUUUGCAGACAGUUACAGAGGCUCUUACAAUGACUCUCUUAACUCUGUAGUUUGUCCAUUUUACUGUUCUUACUCUGGAUACAAUGAUGAGUUACUUUGGGGUGCAUCAUGGAUUUACAAAGCUUCUGGAAUAAAUUCCUACAUGGAGUUCAUACAAUCAAACGGUCACAUAUUAGGCGCCGAUGAUGAUGGUUACACUUUCAGUUGGGAUGACAAGCGACCUGGAAGUAAAAUAUUACUUUCAAAUGAAUUCUUAGAGAAAAAUUCUGAAGAGUUCCAGUUGUAUAAUGCACAUGCAGACAGUUUCAUUUGUUCUCUAGUACCAGGAACUUCUAGUUUUCAGGCUCAAUACACCCCAGGGGGUGUUUUGUAUAAAGGAAGUGCGAGCAAUUUACAGUAUGUGACAUCUACAACCUUUCUUAUCUUAAUACACGCAAAGUAUAUCAGCUCAAAUGGAGGUGUUAUCUCGUGUGGAACAUCAAAAGUCACAGAAAAAAAUCUCAUAAACUUGGCCAAAAAGCAAGUUGAUUACAUUUUGGGGGAUAAUCCAACAAAGAUGUCUUAUAUGGUUGGUUUUGGAGAGAGGUAUCCAAAGAAUAUUCAUCAUAGAGGUUCCUCUUUACCUUCCAUUCACCAGCAGCCUCAACAGAUUUCUUGUAACAGUGGAUUUCAAUACUUCAAUUCAGACUCACCUAACCCAAAUGUUCUUGUUGGAGCCAUUGUUGGUGGUCCUGAUAUCCAUGACAAUUUCUUUGAUGAUAGAAAUAAUUAUCAACAGUCGGAACCAGCAACUUAUAUUAAUGCACCUUUUGUUGGUGCUCUUGCUUUUUUCUCUGCUCAAUAAUCAAGU